AUGGACUACCUCUUUUAUGAUAUUUUCAAGGACGGCAAGACGCCCGCCGACACACCACUAUGGCUGCUGAAGGACGAGUCCAACUUCUAUUGGGCCUCUACUCGGACAGAGGAAACAAUUGGGGACCAGGUGCCGUCCAUCAAGAAUGGAUUUUCGGUUGGUCGAGUGGUUCCAAUUGGGAACAUUGUGUCUGUCUUCAGGUCGUUCAACAGGGGUGGCAGAUUUCGGGGUGCUCGGCCGGUCGUCACCUGGUAUGUUGUUGUGACGGCGAAGAAGGGAGUAUAUUAUGCCUCGGCGUAUGAGCUCCAAGACGCACUGCAGCGUGUUUUUUGUGGAAAGAUCUUCGAUGUGGUGGCUCCUGAGCAAGGAAAGGUCCUCCGCAUCAAAGCCAACGUUCAAGCGGAAGUGGAGCAAUACAUAAGUGGCCUGCCCUUCGUCAAGGGAGAUGCAGUGGACGUCGAGAUACUUCGUACUACGUCUCAGAUAGCUUGGGAGAUUUUCUUCUAG